AUGGUAGAGACACCCAGACGCAAAAGUAUUGCUCUAUCUUAAGAUGCUGAAAUAAUCUUCAAAUUAAUGUCAGAUGAGUAAAGAAGAUUAUCGCUAUCCUUGAACUAGAAACUAGUCAUACCGCAGAAGAGUGUGAAAAAGGAUUUUCUCUGUUCACUUUGCUAAGCUAUUCUAGUUGAACCAAUGAAAUGCAUUCAAUGUAAAAGCCAUUUUCACUAGGCAUGCUUAAAUAAGUUCUGCAGAGAGACUGGUUCUUGUCCUAUGUAAUGUAAAAAGCCUAAGUUCGUCAGUAUUAAGAAGGAUCUUGAAAAGGGACUUAAUGAUUUGAAAUUUGGCUGUCCCUACUAAGAUCUAGGUUGUGAUAAAGUUUUCUCUUACCAAGAAGCAAUGACUCAUGAUUAAAAUUGCAAAUAUUAGCUAGUAAAGUGCUAAGCUUACUCUGAGUGUAAGACUAAAUGCAUUAAAUAAGACAUUGAUAAUCAUUAGUCAAUAUGCGCAUAUUGCAAAGUACCCUGUAUUUACUGUUUAUAACAGGUAAAAAGAAUAGAUAUAUCUUAGCAUGAAAAAGAAGCCUGUACUGGUAGUCAUUUAUGCUCAAUGUGCUCAUUAUAAGUCAGUAAAGAAGAAAUUUAGGGAAGCAAUCAUAAUUGCUUCAAUUCCCUAGCUGGGUUGUUAGGAAAGCUAGUUGAGGAAAAAGAUGCUGUAAUCUAACUCUUAAGAGAUGAACUGAUUCGUAAAAACAAGCAAAUUAUGUAGUUUAUUCAAAGAUAAACGAUAUUGGAGCUAAGAUUGCAAAGGAUGGAAGAUACUUUAUCAUAUGAAGACGGGUCAGAUUUUUCAUUUGCAAAUAGAGGUGUUAGUUUGUACUAAGAGGAUUUAUUGAAUCUUAGAGGAGCUUAUGAGCUUAUUAUGAAGAAUGAUGAUGAUGGGGUAGUGAUUCCAUUAGAUCAAGAUGAUAACAAUAGUACUGGUGAUAGUUCAAACUAAGCAUAAAACUUAUUUGAUUAUUAUGAAAAUGAGAUACCAGAAGAAGUUAUUUAAAAACAUUUGAGUUCUGUAUCUGAAGAAUAUUAAGACACAUUCAUUUUCGCCUAGAGUAUGCUGAGUGAACAUAAGAAAUUCUUGAAGAGUCCAGACUGGGAUUUGCAUUCAACUGUUGAUAACUGUUAGCUUUAUUCAGUUUUCUCAAUGAUUUAGGACCUCGAAUUAAAGCCCAAGUAUGAUGAAACAUUUUAGCAAGGGCAUUAUCUCCAAAAUUUCCCUUUAGAGACUGCAAUUAUCUAUUAUUAAUACAGGAAAAUGCUGUUAGUCAAUCCAAGGGAUAUGAUCAUGCUUGUCAAAAUUCACAGAGAUGGGAUAGUUCGAGCAGACUGUUACGUAGGAGGUUGGAAAAUCAAAUCAGUUAGUGCAAAGCAAACAAAAGUUGUAUUCUACUCAGAAACAGAUUACAAAAUCAAUUAAUUUAUUUCAAAGCAAGUUAUCAGCAAGUCUGGCCACCUGGCUCAUGCUCUUAAGAAGUAUGUAAAUUAGUAGUAGAAGAAAGGCUAGAAGUUUUAUUGA